AUGGCGCGCGCCGCAGUGAUCCCUCAAUCCCCCGCAAAGCGGGCGGGAAGAACUUCCACUCAGUCCACAGCCGCCGCCGACGCGAAGAGGAAACCCCCUCGCAAGGCGACACCAGCAACCAGGACCGCGCCCACUACUAAUGUCGACUCGGAUGACACGGACGAUGAGCUGGGUUUCAUUACAACAAAAGCUGCGAAACCUCGCGGCCGUCCUCCUAGCCGCCCGGCUACCAAGACGACAUCGACAACCACUACACGUAACAAGAAAGCUACUACUGAGCCUAUCGCCAACCAGAUCAAGGCCGAAACCGCAAACACAGAAACUGCACCAGGACAACAAGCGGAGGGAACGAAGAAGCGGGUUGGAAGACCGAGGAAAAACCCUCUCCCGGAGGAAGCAACUGCACCUAAAACUAGGGGACGACCAAGAGCUGGAACAACGCCCAAGGCCCCGGCCCUUGCUCCAGUUCCAGCCAGGAGAACACGGAUGGCGGCCGAAGUCGCGAAUGAAACGAAAGCGAAUCACAUCAAAGUGGCAACAGGCUCCACUGCCAUGCGAUCAAACCUUCUGCGCGGACCCGCUAAGAAAAAGACAGUCACAUUCCAAGAUGCAUCCGAAUCCGAAGGAGAUGAAUCAAGUGUCCCUGAGGCACCUGCCGCCGGUCGCAGACGGGUAGCGCCCAAGGGGGCGGGAGCUGCAAAGUCCGGCCUUGGUGCGACCCCGGUCCGUAAGUCUGCAGCAGCUGGGACCCGUGGACGAAAGCCAGCCGCAACAAAGAAGGCUGCAACAAAACCGUUGUCUCCCAAGAAGGCCAAGCAAGUGGCCAAAUCUUUGUCCGCUUAUGCAAGCUCCGACGAGGAGGAUGAGCUCAACACCAUUAAGGCCGGCAUCAAAAGUCCGAUGAAGCUGGUUGUUCACUCGCCUGUCAAGCGUGACUUGGGGAAUACCGGAUUGAGCUCCCCUGUUCGAAGAAUCAACUUUACCCCGAAGAAGACGAACAGCUUUGUCGACGAGAAUGGCGAGCCAAAACUACCCACCCCCAAACACGGAUCAGAAGGAACUGGCCUUAGCUCUCCGGUCAGAAAAAUCAACUUUACACCAAACCGCAGCCAGAACCCAGUCGCAGACAAUGGCCAUCUCGCUCUUCCACCUGGGCAUUCUAUCAACUUCAGUGAGUCUGCGAUUAUGUCUAGCCCUGCCAGACGAGCUCCGACAUCGUCUCCUUUCAAAUUCAGCCUGAGAGAAAACCCGAACCGCGGAGGGCCCCUUUUCAUGGAUAGUGUGAAUCCUACCUCUGCGCCUGACUUCACUCCUGGAUUUGCUUCCCCUCUCAAGAUGUCCCCAAAGAGAGGCCACCUUGGAGCUUCUUUCUCGCAGUCAGCCUUGAAGACAUCCGCUCCCACAGCCCCUACACGGACUCCCUUGUUUCAGAGUCCUGCAAAGAGAAUAGCUUCUCCAUUCAAAAACUCGAUAUUUUCCACUCAGGCGCGCCAGUCUCAGGUUAUUGACAGCGACGGAACCCCUACAAAGUUAAAGGAACCCGAGCAAACCACAACUCCGACAUCAUCGCCAAGGCAAGAACAGUAUGAUGACAUUGCCUCUGAUAAGGACUCCGACGUGACCGAAGAUGUAGCUCUAGACAUCUUUGACAUUGAUAGUGAGAUAGAGCCAUCUGCCGAUGUCAGAACCCCAUCGCCCUCUCCUACUCACAGGGACACUGGUGAACCCGAACCAGAGAACGAUGAGCCUGUGGAUCAUGUGUCUGCAGACAUGGACCGUGGGGAAGAGUCAGGAUUUGAAGAGGUAGAAGUUGCAGACCCCAUAGACGAGGCUCCAUUUGAAUACGAAGAGCCUGAAACCAUCUGCUUCGACGCAAUGGAAGAGGCCAACCUUGCACCAAGAGAGCUCUACGACCAAGAGGCUCAUGAAGACUCUGAAUAUGAACACGACGAACAUGUGGAAGACGAGGCUCAAUUCGAAUACGAAGAGCCUGAAACCAUCUGCUUCGACGCAAUGGAAGAGGCCAACCUUGCACCAGAAAAGCUUUACGAUCAAGAGCUCUACGACCAGGAGGCCCAGGAAGACUCUGACUACGAACACAACGAACAUCUUGAAGACGAAACUCAUUUCGAAUAUGAAGAGGCUGAAACGAUUUGCUUCGAUGCUUUGGAAGAUGCGGAAAUGGCAACAUACGAUUCGCAUUACCCAGAACUCCGCGACGCAUCCGGCUCCGAGGACAGCGACACUACUCAAGACGAGGCCCAAUUUGAAGACGAGGAAGCCGUGACUCUUUGCUUUGACACCAUGGAAGACGAAUAUCUCGCAGAAUAUGAUCUGCGUAACCAGAUUACGCAGUUCGUAGAUUCCGACAUUGAUAGCACAGUGUUUGCUGAAGAAGAGCAUCUCGGAGCAGAUGAGGAACACAUCCACCGUUUCGAUAAUGGAUUCAUCUCGCCAGAAGCAAGCCCUGAACCAGUGAACCCCCUUGAGAUCGAAAAGUUGGACACCGAAGAAGAGGCGGAUGAUCAAGUCAUGACUGAUACGACUGACAUUGAGCCUAUUUCCUCCCGUGAGAAUAACGAGUUGGACGUUAAUGCGAGCCCACAGAGGGUGCAAACUAUUUCGUCUCCGACCCCGAGUUCUCCGCUCGGGGAAACUACUCCUGUCCCCACAAAUCGCCCAGACAACACAGAGAAUGGCCAUGACUCCACUCCUAAUGCCUGGAAUGCCAGUGAUGUUCACCUCCACGCGCCCCGGGAAGAAGAAAUCAGCUAUACACCAAGCACCCAGGCUCCUACUCCUGCCUCCAUUGCACGGAGCCUCUUCAACACACCAAGAGUUGCGGACCAUCACCAACCCCCAGUAGAGGUCGGCUUGGGCUUCACGCCUUUGGCACAAAGCUUCGAUCGUUGGGAACAAAACACUCCUUCCCAGGCUAGAUCACUUCGACCCCGUCGCCGUGGAGUCUUCUCGUUGGUCGGCCCAUUGGAUCGUACCGCUGUCGAAUCGCCUGCAGCAACGCCUGCUAAAUCUAGCGUUGUGUCAUAUCCGGAUUUGCCGAAAAGCCCCCUCGCGAACACACCCUCUCUAUGUGCUGAACUACCCCUUCCGCCUCAGAGUGAUGGUACCAUCAUGAGCCCCGCACGCGAUCAAACUCCACGGUUACCGGCAGUCUUUGAACAUACACCGACCAUUGCCUCGCCUAGAAAGAGCACGAAUAUAUUCGAGGAUCCAGACCCAGAGUCAACUGAACUGCAAGAAAACCACCGGAGCACCGCCGACGCCCAUAUUCCUCCUGCCGAAGCUUCAUGGGACCAAGAAUCCGAUGACAAGGAAAACUGCGGCCCUGCAAACCUCCCAGUGACACCAAUGAAGUCACGCCCUCACCUUGAAGACCUGCGAACCGUCCACACUGUAUCAAAAGUACCAUUGAAGGCGGAAGGUGAAGUGUCCCCUCUCAAGUUGUCUCGCAAGAGAGGCCUUUCUCUCUCAGCAACGUCCCCCACACGUUCUUCUCCGCGUGUUCGAAAACCCACCGUCAUGGCCCUCAAUGACAGUGCACCAGUCCUGGCUCCGUCCCGAAGGACCUCGCACACAAGCGGAAGCCCGACGCCAAAACGUCGGUCGAUCGCGGCUAGACGCAGCAGCGGGCGGCCGGUAAUAGCUCCGCCUGCUGCCUCUAGUGCAGCCGCUAGCCCAUCUAAGAAGGCUCGGAGAAGCAUAAGCUCUGAACAAAAAGCUCUACACGGUGCAAUCGUGCACGUGGAUGUUCAUACCACCGAAGGCGAAGAUGCCUCGGGCAUCUUUGUUGAGCUCUUACAACAAAUGGGAGCUCGAUGUGUAAAGUCCUGGUCUUGGAACCCAAGCUCAGGUCUCUCGCCGGCGGAUGGCGCAGGGCCCAAAGACUCACGUGUUGGUAUCACUCAUGUUGUGUACAAGGAUGGUGGUUUGCGGACUUUGGAAAAAGUCAAGAAGGCGGCAGGCCUCGUUAAAUGUGUUGGGGUCGGUUGGGUUCUUGACUGUGAACGGGAAAGUCAAUGGCUCGAUGAAACCCCCUACGCAGUCGACAGCUCUAUUAUCCCGCGCGGAGGUGCCAAGCGCCGCAAGAGCAUGGAGCCCCGUGCGCUUAGCAAUAUCAACGGCACCCUAGUUCGUGCAUCAGGAUCUCCCGCACCCUCUGGCAGCGGGCGUCGCAGUGGUGCCGGCCAAGGUGCCGUUGACGGGUUCCGCAAGAUUACCCCUCCAGCUUAUCAGCAAGAGGCGCCAUCUACACCCCCACAACAAUCCUCUGCUGAUAAAUACCAAUUCCCUGCUACCCCAGGAUAUAACUUCGCCAAUCUUGAUGCCAUUGGCAUGUCGCCUGCUACACCUGCCUUCCUUGGUAACCGCUCUAGACUUGUCCAGCAGUCGUGUCCACCAAAGCAGAGCAACCGAGGCCUCUUCCCCGGUGCCAAACCCUCAAGCCUUUUGCAGGAUGAUGGCGAUGAUGAGGAAUCUAGGCGCCAACGUCGCUUCCGUAUGGAGGCUGCUCGCCGCAAGAGCCUUGUUUACAAGCCGGCUGUUGGCAGCCAUCUUGUUCGUUGA